CCCUCUCAACGCCAUCACUCUGCGCUACUACUGUAUGUGGAAUUUAAAAUAAUCGAGAAAAUGUCUAAGUUUUUAGGUCGUCGGGACUGUAUAGAAAGUCUACAGAAAGACCUUGCUGACCUCCAAGUUGCCAUUUUGGACGUUUUUUCAACAACCGGUCAGUUGCGGGUUUUCUCCUGGAAAUUCCCGGACAAACUUUCCUGUAAUCUGGACUUGGAGUUGGAGCAGUAUGACUUUAUGGACGGAGAUGAUGAAUUUAACCAGCAUUCUCACAUCGUUUUACUGGAGUUAGUAAUAGACAGACUACUACUACUUCUCCAAGCAUCUAGUGUGUAUGUUGAGCAACUGAGCACCAUUGAGAAGAAGCAACACCACCACCAGAAGGGAAGCAUGUCAAUUGGACUUGUUGUCAAAAAAUACUGGAGACUUUUAGUUGAGUUUGCCAACAUGAAGAAGAGGUACAAGAAAAACGAGUUAAAAACCGACACGUUGGAUGGUGAUGAGUGUGUAUCGUCAACCUCGCGGAACGACAGCAUCACCCAUGGCUUUUCUGCACCGUCUUCAACGAGCUCUAUCACGUUUUUGGCAGAAAACGAGGCACCUUCCAGUGUCAUUCACACUCCCAAAGUUGACACCUGCAAUAUAAGUUGUCAGACUAUCCAAUCACCCUCGGCUCCCUGCGCCGUAUGUCACCAAGUUCAGUCUACUAUUAGAAAGACAGGCAAGGCAUUAGUCGAACUUCUUCAAGGUGAGGGUCUGCCCUCUUCUUUACAACCACUCUCAAUUGCCGUGGAGGACACAGUAGACGGGGGGCAAAUGUCACCAGGUGAUGUUGCCCAAUGGACUAGCGAGCAGCUUAAAGAUAUGCGCCGACUCGCAAAACAUGUACAGGAUGUGCGGGAUACAGUAAAGCCUCUUACCACGAAACUGGCAGAAGCAGACGUAGAGCGAAACAAAUUGCGACAAGACAUGGAAAGUGCACAAAAGAAACUAACUGAAGAAGUGGAAAAUCAGAAAUCUGCAUGUCUUCAGAUGGAGCUUUUGUUGAAGAAAACACAAGCAACCAUGAAAGAAACAGAGGACAGGCUAUCAGAGGAGUAUGGACAACUUAGUAGAGAAUAUGCAUCCCUAAAUAAGUGCAAGUCCAGUCUGGAGGAAACAUUAGCAAUACAGCAAGAUGGACUGGAAGCCCUUGAGGUUGAGCGAAAUGCUCUACAGGAGAAACUGGAGACGUUACACAUAGAAAAAGAGGUAUGUUCAAAACUACAAGAGAGGAUCCAACAGUUAGAAAGUCAAAUGUCUGAGUCUGAACUACUCCUGGAAAAAGAGAUGGCCAAAUACCACAGUGCGUGUCAUCAUCAGGAGUCAAUGCAAACAAAGCAAAAGUCUUUGCUGCAGAGAGUUUAUGCUCUCGAUGACGAGUGCGAGGAUCUGCACAGGCGGUUGGGACAGAGGGAGGAAAGUGAGAUCGACCUCUGCGAUCAACUUCAACAGAUGUCAGAGGAUAACAAACGACUACGAGUGCAAAUCACUUCACUUCAGGAUAUUAGUUCACAGCUCCAACAUGAGAAGCAGGCACUAGAAACACACUUGGACGAGUUCAAGACCACAGUGACUGACCUCAAAGAACGUGUGAAAUCCUGUACAGAGAGAGAAAGGUUGCUGGUGGCGUUCCCUGACCUCAGCCCCCUCGCUCACACCCAACCACAGAGUACAGGGAGCGUGCUUUUGGAUAUGGAGCAACAGUUACAAGCCAACUGCAUGCGCAUUCGAGUCCUCGAGAAGGAGAACACCACCCUUAACAGCAGCCUGGUGAAAUUGAAGGAGGCAGCGCAACAUAAUGCUGUUAAGACGUGUAGCCUCUCUUCAGGAAGCACGGCGGUAGAAAAACAGCUACUGAUGCAAAGAAAUCCAUUCAGCAGGCAGACCAGCAGUGCUUCAUGGUGGGGAUACGGUGACAAAGGGGCCAAAGCCAAAGGCCGUCACGGUUGGGAGUCGACUCAUGCAGCAGAUCACGUAUCCCCCUCUUGUGUCACCCUUCAAAACCUCCACCUAAGCAUCAGUUCUACUGCUGCGACGCACAAGACCUCUUAUUCACCUCUAACGAGGAGCGUGAAACAGAAGAAAAAAAGGAUCUUUUUGAAGUGAUAAGUGGCAAGAAAGUGGCUCGCUUUGGAUAAAACAGGCAGAAGAUCUGUAGUAUACUAUUGAGCACAGCUACUGUAUAUGUGAAGCCUCUCAAAUUGUGUGUUUUUAUUACAUCAUCUGUAAAUAUAAAAUGUAAUAUGUAAACUACCUAGCGAUAAUUGUUGCUCUUGUUAUUAAGAUUCUAUUUUACUGCUCCUUAAAAUGUUUAGAAUUUAUUAUAUUUGCUAUUAGUACCCCUUUUUCCCACAUCACAUGUUGGUUAAACUGGUGGUUUGUAUGACACUGAAUGACUGAUUGAUUGAUUGAUUGAUUGAAACUUUUAUAAGUAGAUUGCACAGUACAGUACAUAUUCCGUACAAUUGACCACUAAAUGGUAACACCCCAAUAAGUUUUUCAACUUGUUUAAGUCGGGGUCCACGUCCAUGACAGGCAGGCUUGGGCACAUACUGUAUGAGCGCUGUUGUUUGAAUCAUGGCAUUUAACCCUUGCGUGGUGUUCGGGUCUGUGGGACCCUUUUCAUUUUUUAUUAAAAGAAAAAUGAUACAAUUAAUAAAUUUU